CUGAUCUACGACUUUGCGUAGAACGUUACGCAGUGUGACGCCUUUGCAACGGCACGGUCGUUUUUCAAAUGUGGCUAUUUCUCUAGCUAGUUAUUUUGACAAUUCGGACAACCUAGCUGGAUAAUGAUGGCUAUAACAUUAAUUUAACAUAGCAUGAAUUUAAUUACAGAUAUUCGUAGUUCGAACAUACUUAGUGGUUCAAACUAGUACAAACUACAAACGCUGCCAUUCCACAUAACGUUAACAGUAGUAGUCAGACAUUAGCUAGUCAGGUAGAUAGCCGUGAUGUCUCGGUUCAAAAGAAAUGGCAAAAUUGAUUCUAGGGCUGGAUUUAAAACGCAAACACAAGAAUCUCCGGUGCCCCGUGGGUUAUUGAAUGCAGCAAGAAGUAGUGGUCAACUCAAUCUCUCUGGGCGAGGUUUGACUGAAGUGCCACAGAGCGUAUGGAGACUGAAUGUUGAUACACCAGAGGAAGCGCAGCAGAACCUAUCUUUUGGAGCCAGCGACCGCUGGUGGGAGCAGACGGAUCUAACAAAGUUGCUGCUGUCUUCAAACAAGUUGGACGUUCUGUCAGAGGAUGUCAGACUUUUGCCUGCUCUUGUUGUUUUAGAUGUCCAUGACAACAAACUUACUACUCUACCAAAAUCAAUUGGAGAGCUGGAGAACCUUCAAAAGCUAAAUCUGAGCCAUAAUAAGCUGAAGGAGCUACCUGAGGAGUUGUGGCUUCUGAAGAACCUCAGAACUUUGCAGUUGCAGCAGAAUCUGCUGGAAGAACUUCCAGAUGGAGUGGGUCAGCUGGAAAUGUUGGAUGAUAUUGAUCUUUCCAACAAUGAGAUGACAACUCUCCCUGAAAGUUUGGGCAAUCUCACUCACCUUGUGAAGCUCAACGUGUCUUACAACAAACUAAAGAGCCUCCCCCAUGGAAUCAGCGGCUUGAAAAGCUUGAAGCUGCUGGACUGCACCCGCAAUCAGCUGGAAAGUGUUCCGCCUGUCUUGGCUAACAUGGCCUCCCUGGAACAGCUUUACCUGCGUCACAACAAACUGUCCUGCCUCCCUGAGUUCCCAUCCUGCCAAACUCUUAAGGAGCUACACCUUGGAAACAAUCGGAUUGAGGUUCUGGGGGCAGAACAUCUCAGUCACCUCAGUGCUCUGAGUGUCUUGGAGUUGAGGGACAAUAAGGUGAAAACCCUGCCUGAUGACAUUACCCUACUCAAAGACUUGGAGCGUCUUGAUCUAGUCAACAAUGACAUAAGCAGCCUCCCAUGUGCCCUUGGCAACAUGCCCAAGCUGAAGAUCCUGUCUCUGGAAGGCAAUCCUCUGAGGGCAAUCCGUAGGGACCUCCUUACGAAAGGCACCAAUGAACUUCUGAAGUAUUUGAGGAGUCGCAUUGAAGAAGCCCCAGGUGAUCCCUUCAAAGAUGCCCCCAACACUGCAAUGACUCUUCCCAGUCAAGCCACGAUCAACGUACAUGCCAUUAAGACUCUGAAGGCCUUAAACUACAGUGAGAAACAGGAAGCAUCCAUCCCCGAUGAGGUGUUUGACGUGGUUGACUCUAGCCCCGUUACCUCUGUGAACUUCAGCAAGAAUCUCCUGACUGCACUGCCACCCAGGAUCAUGGAGCUGAAGGACACCCUCACUGACAUUAACCUGGGCUGCAACAAGCUGACCAGCAUCCCAGCAGAUUUCUCUGUGCUGAAGUGUCUGCUGCAGAUAGACUUGAGGAACAAUCUUUUGACAUCACUGCCUUUGGAACUAGAGGCCUUGACAAAACUGCGGACCAUCAUACUGUCUUUCAACAGGUUUAAGGUGUUUCCAGAUGUGCUGUACAGGCUCGAAAACCUUGAGGCCAUUUUAAUGUGCAACAACCAGGUGGGCAGCAUUGACCCAGCCCAGCUAAAGGGCUUGGAGAAGCUAUCCUCCCUGGACCUGCAGAACAACGACAUCAUGCAAGUGCCCCCGGAGCUGGGCAACUGCACCAGCUUGAGGGCCCUCAUGCUUGAUGGAAACCCUUUCCGCAAUCCCAGGGCAGCGAUCUUGGCCAAAGGAACAGACGCUGUCCUUGAAUACCUCAGAGGUAGAAUUCCUACUUAACUGAAGAGCCGAAGAACACCAAACCUCUGACCAACAAUCUAAUGGCACAGUGCAUAUUCUAAAUAUAAUAUCUCUCAACCAGCUUUCUCCCAAGUGAUGUUGGGUUGGAUGGUUUUGAUUCACUGUGAUCUAAAUGUGUCAAAAUACUUUCAUUGCUACACUGGUUGCUCGUGUUGUGCCUGUCAAUAAUUUGGGAUAAAAAUGUUAGUGGUACAUUAAAUUGUCAAGAAUCUUGCAAAAGCUGUGUCCAAGUACAAGCUUCACGAAUCACUCAACACUUUAAGCACAUACAGACUGCCCUUGCUCUGAAGGUGUAAGGACAAAGCUACCAAGAAUGACUUCUGACAGCCCUUACUUUAUAAUGUCACAACUGUCUUUCUAAUAUAUUAUUUAUGUGAAAGUGGGCAGGUGAGCGGUCUUGUGACAUUAGCAAAAUACUUUGGUUUUGUUAUAUGUAUUUGGUGGCAAAUACAUAUAACAGUUUACCAAAAAGAUUCCUGAAAGUUAGCAAACUAAAAAUGGUGCCAAAGGUAGCUGAAUCUGAAUUUUCAGUCAAAGUUUUUUAUUGGCCAAUUUAGGGGUUGCAUUUCACUUUGUGCAUUCAAGAAGCUGAGCUAUAAAAAUGAAAAGGGUGAAAUUAAGAGUCCUCUACUUUUGGCACAGACUUCACUCCAUAAAUAAUGCUGCUUUUAUGCUGGCAAUCCUUUCUCGUGGGACAACCAUUAAUGGCUCCCCUCCAUUAUUUUGUACUAUUACAACUUUUUCUACUAAUGUGUUGCAUUGAUUUUUACUGAGCUGCACUAUUUGAGAUUAUAAAAUAUAAUAAUAUAGAACAUCUAAUUGUGACACUUUUUCUAACUGUUCAGCUUUACCAUCCACUUCUUACCGCAAGUCAUUUUUGAUAUGCGUACAAUAUGUUAGAACAUAAAAAUGGCUUGAUUUUUAAUGUACCACUUUCAUGAACACAGAAACACUUGUAAAAAAAUAAAUAAAUAAAUAAAUUUAAAAAUAGAAUGGUGCCAAAAUGCACUGUACCAAUUUCAUACUCAUAGCUGUUAUUUGUUCUGAGAAUGUUGGAAUGUGACAUGAUCUGGGGUGCCAGUAUAUGACACCAAUAAAAAUGAAUUUCUAAUUCAA